AGAAAACAAUUAACCGCUAUUAAUGCAGUUUAUGCCGAGACGGGAGUAUGGAUAAAAAGAAAGACAUUUACAAUUUGUGGGUGCAGUACACGACGAAGAAUGAGGAAUGUUAUUUCCGAGAAUUUAUGGAACGUUUUGUUUCCAUUUGGCAAAGUCAAUUACCUUUGGAUUUCUCGGCAGACGAUUGUCCCUAUUGGUAUGAGGUUCAAUCAGAUCAGGGGCCUCACUUGGGUCGUUUACCCGAUGAAUUGUUACCGGCAAUUGGUAAAUUUAUAAUUGUUGCCAGUGAUUCGUGUCAAAAUGGUGAAAUAACUGAUGAGACUAUCCGUCAAAUUGCUAUAUUGGUCGACUGUUUAAUUAUUGUAUGUCGACACUUUGAUAACAUUUUGGCUAUUAUCAAAUAUGAAUAUAAGCCAAAUUUAAUUGCUAUAUUAACGCAUGUAUAUCAUCAGUGCAUUGACAAGAAAUAUGCUUCGCCAGAGGUUGGACAUUUAUUUCGUAGUUUUUCACGAUUCCUAGAGGUUAUGUACGAUCCAUAUUUGACGUGGCGUAGCUUUCUACGUAAUAGUUUUGCUGACUAUCGGAAAUUAUCGUACAAACCACAUAUGGUACAUGUUGAAAUUAUACCAUUUAUAUAUGAUUGCUUUCAACAAAAUGAUAUAACAACAUUUCCCGACAUUGGAGAAUCACUGAUACAUACAUUAGGUGCAAUAAUUUGUGGAUCACAGAAAACAUUAGCCUCUAUAACAAAUACAAAUAGUCAUAAAAAAUCUGGUGAUGGUUAUACAAUCUGUGAUAAUUUGCGUAAUGGCAUGCGUGCCAUUUGUCCAGCUACCGUAUCGGUUUUAAUGAAAAUUCUUUCCCAAUGGGAAACAUCAAAUAGUUUACGAACUAUAACACUCCGAUGCUGUGCUCUAAUGGUCAUUGUUUUACAAAAAUCUAGUCCGGAGGAACGCCAAAUAGAUUUAGUUACCCUUAUCAAGCUAUACUGUGAUGUUUUGGAUGAACUUUUAAAAACGGACAAUUUCCAAAAGAAUGCCGAUGAUAGUUUUAAUAUAGCACCCGAUGACAAUGAUCCCAAUAAUGAUCAGACAAUCGAUGUUAAUGCAUUAGAUGCCACCAUUGACAAUAUCAAUGUGUUUCUAUGUGAUGUCUCAACAUCUGGAUACAUUUGUGAGGCCAUUGAAGAUACAAAUUUGGUGGAUAUUUUAAUAGCAAUGCCUAAAUCAAUUAAAGAAUGGAAUUUAGAUUAUAAUCAACUGCUAAUAAAAGUAAUAAAAGCAUUAGCUUCGAUAACCAGGAAUUCAAUACGCAUAACCGAACAAUUACGUUACUAUGAUAAAGUUAGUAAAUUGUUUACCGGUCUAAUGGAAGUGGGUUUACCCGCCAGCGAUCUUUUGGAGGCAUGCAUUGAAUUGGCCUAUGACGACAGCAAAGGUUUGCUGAUAUUGCCCGAAGUAUUGACAAAACUAGUUGAGUGGCUACCCGAGAUGGAUGCCAGAGAACAGGGUUUCCUUAGUCAUAAAAUACUGAAAGCCUGUACCGACAAUUAUGGAACAAAAACAAUUGCCUGUGAGACUCGAGUGAUCAAAAGUAUCUGCCUGUGUUUGCAACAUUCGGACAAGCUAUCCGAUCAAUGUAUACAAAAUUACAUUAAACUAAUCGAAGAGUUGAGUAAACUAAGUAUUAUACCCAUUGAAUUGAAGAGUAUUUUUAGUCUUUUACGCAAAGAAAGUAAAUUUCCCCAUCAUAAACAAUUGUUGCAGACCUUGGUCAGUGUUUCGUUACAAUCACUGACAAGCACAAAUUUGUGUUCUCAAUAUUUUAAUUUUUGCGAACCUGGAGAUGGUAUUGUGGUAACCGAUAUUAAAAAUUGGUCAAUGUCUGGCGCCUAUGGUUUUAUAUUUCAUAUAUUAUUACGUCUUGAUAGUAAUACGAAAAAAUCUGAUUCAAAAUUAGAUACUGAUGCCAAAACGGAUGACCAACAGCGUCAGGAAUGCCGUAGAAUGUUACUGAAUUUACGUACCGGCAGUAAUACUGGUUUUGAGAUAUUCAUACAAAACAAUGGUAAUAUUGUCGUUGCUGCACUCACAAAACGUGAAUACUUGACCUCAUCGGUGGCAUCAACGACCCUACUAGACGGUCAAUGGCAUUAUGUAACGGUGGCUAUAACACCGCCAAAAAGGCCUUUCUCCUAUAGCCAAAUAAAUGUUUUCAUUGAUUUUGUGCAAAAAAUAAGUGCGACUCUGAAAGUGGCAGCCAUAAAUGAGCCUUUCUUGUAUUGUUCAGUGGGUUCGGCUUUACAAGAAAUAAAAACUCCGGCAGCCGCAAAUACAAACAGUGGCAAUUUACCAAGAUCAUCGUCCCAAGAUACCAAUCAAGGUUAUCGCAGCAUGCUGCCUAGUCUAUUGGAAAAGACAUUGUCAUCGAAUGUUUCCAAUUACUUUACCCUACCCCUCAGAACACAAUCGACAUCAUUUGAUCCUAAUGUCAAGAAUUUCCCCGUUGGCAUGCAGGAAACAGUAUUUGGCGAACAACAUUGCCUUGGCGGUCAAGUCGGUGGAGUUUUGCUGGCCGAACCCACCACUAGUUUGAAGACCAUUUUUGAUGCUGGCAUUAAUUUCUCUUCGAUAUUUUCUCAAGACAAUGAUAUCUUGGAAUUGACAUCACGUUUUGUAUUUUGCUAUUCACCCGGAGCCUAUUCACACAAUACCUGUUUGGAUUUAAUACCAACUGGCAAACAUUUGGGUUUGGUACAGGCCCAACAUUGUGCAAUUGUUAAAAUACAAGACACCAUUAAUAGUGUGGGUGGAGUUCAAGCCAUAUUGCCCAUCUUACAUCGCAUUAUUAAAGAGAACAAUGAUGAUUUCUCGUUGAGCGCAACCGAUACAGACGCCUUGGAAUCGGGAGAAUCAAUAAAAACUCCUGUAACCGAAGAAUUUGCCGAUUGGGAAAUUUUAUCCACAAACUCGUAUACCGAAUGGAAAAUGAUACAAUUCCCAUUGGCCAGCUUUAUGUGUUUCAUACGUUAUCUAACACACGAACAUGACAAUAAUCAAGAGAAUUUAUUGCAUUCGGAAUGCCUAUCGAUUGUGGGCAUGAUGUUGCAAAAAUGUCCGGCAAAAAUGUUUGAUGUUAAUGCCCUAAUGGCCACCCACCUAUUUAUGGAAUCGUUGCAGGGCCACAAAAACUCAGCUGGUCAGCCGAAUGCAGCCCUAUUGGAAGAACUCUACACCUCAAUAGCUUUUAAUUUUGAUAUUUGGGUUCGUAUGCCGUUUCAAAUAACACUGGGUCAUGUGCAAUACUUGGGAGCAAUGAUAAAAAAUGAUCGCAAAUAUUUUCGCAAAAAGUUUGGUGUACAAUUUUUCCUCGACACAGUUCGUCAAUAUUAUGGCAUACCGGAGAAUAUAACACCCGAAGAUGCUAAGACCAUUCGCUCCACCAUGUUUGGCAUUGUUCGUUUCUAUCUGCAAAAGGAUGUUAAUAUCAAGGAGAUUGGUACAAUUAUAUCAUUUUUGGCUUCGGUGAAACAGGAUCAUGUUCUAAUUGAGUUUUUGGAGAUCAUGAAUAUGCAUAUUAAGGGUAAAAAUUGUCGUGAUCAGUUGAUACUGUUGCUGCAUGAGCCCCAGGCUGCAAACUUGAUUUAUAAUUAUUUUAUAGAUAAAAACUAUAGUUGUGAAUUGCAAGAAGCUGCCAUAAGGUUUAUUAGCAGCAUCUUGUCCACCUCACGAGUCCAUCCGAAAUACAAACAAAUAAUGCGUUUACACGAUCCCACCACAGAUGCCUCGCUGUUUCCCGGGCUGUUUUCCUAUACCAUACCUAUGGUGUUGAGCUCCACCAUUCUCUUCCACUUACUGGAUGAAAUGUUGAGCCCUGACAUUGAUUAUUGUGGCAUAAUCUUUUUGGUACACAAUGUGAGUAGCUGUGAAUUGCCGGUGAAGUUGGAAGUCGCCAAACGUUUACUGCAAUGCACCUUUACUAAACAAAACUCCGCACAAGCCAUAGCCAAACAACCGGGUUGGCAGGAAUCCAUUGCCCGUUUACUGAUACGACGACCCAUUGAAAAUGUCAAACCCGAUGAAGAGAAACGUAAGAGUUUUGGCAUUAAUCUGGAUGUUUUGUUGGAAGAUGAAAAUAAAUUCGACAAUCAAGGUGACCUCAUCAAUUUCUGUGAACAACAAAUCGAACAAAUGGAGGCCCAUGAUCCGAAUGAAAGUGGUCUAAUAUUGAAUGAGAUACAGGCCAGUGUUUCGGAAGCUGCCAAUGUGUUGGAAAGUGAAAUAAAAGAAUUAGCUGACACCGUUUCGGGUGUGGUGGUGGAAAAUGUUAGCUCUGUAUUUUCGGUUAUCCGACAAACAACUCACGAUUUGCAGGAUACAUUUGAAUCGUUGACCCAUCAAACAAGUACCACAAGUAGUGAUACAGUGGACACCGUGUUACCGGGAGUCACCAAACAACGCACGGAAUCUAUGAGUUCUGAUAGUUCGUCGCAAUCUGCAAGGGCGGGUGCCAAGAAAACCGACUCAAUUGAAAGUAAUUUGGAAUUUUCUUCCGAAGCGGAUGUGGAUAGCGAAGAACAAUUGGUAUAUUUGGUGACCAAUACAUUGUUUACAAUAUUUUGGAGGGGAGUUGGCAAUGAUCAUCCCGAAUGUUGGAAAGAAAGGGGUCAAGUUUUGGGUUGUAUUAAUCUAUUGGCUCUUAACAAUGAAUUGGUAGCGUCACAUUUGUCGUUGCGUUUAAGGAUCUUGGAAAUGGCCGUACAAGCAUCGUUGUUUGAUUUGGCAGAACAUGGCAAUCAAACAUUGAUCAAUCAAGAGAAUGCCUCUCAUAUCCUUCGCAUGGUCUAUGACUUGGUGGUAUUGGGCUCCAAUGAAGAUGAAUCGAAAAAAUGCUCCACGAAAUUAUUAGAUGGUGUUUUGGCUCUAUUGGAUGCAUUAAUGAUCUUUCAAUCCGAUUCAUCAGAUGAUUGGUCAGAUAUGAUACGUCUAUGUUUGGGUUUACUUUUGAAAUGUUCCCAUCAUCCGAAUCCCGGUGUUGUUGCAAUGGCAACUGCUAAACUACAUGCCAUACUGCAAAGUCGUGCUGCAGCCAAUCCCAAUGAAUUGGCCUAUUUGUUAUUUUCGAUUAACAAAGCUUUGGAUAUUGCCAUUGAGGUUGGCAAUCCAGAACAAUAUUCAUUCCUUAUGCCCGUUAUGAAGGCUUUAAUUGAAAAAUGUCGCAUUGUUUUCAAUUUGGAUUCAGUAUUACCCGAUCUACCGCCAACAUCAUCCGGACCGGUAUUUUUCAAUGAUUUCCAAAUGUAUAGCACCAGCAAGAAAUGGAAGAAUUUCAUGGAGCGCAUUAAACUAAGGUCUUAA